GCAGGCCGCGGCUUUGUGCCCGAUGGAGUUCCCCGAGCACAGCCGGCAGCUGCUGCGGGGGCUGCGGGAGCAGCGCUCCCGGGGGAUCCUUUGCGACUGCACGGUGCUGGUGGGCACCGCUCCGUUCCCGGCGCACCGGGCCGUGCUGGCCGCCUGCAGCUCCUUCUUCCACCUGUGCUACGCCGAGCCGGGCGGCGCGGGAGGGGCUCGGGGGGCCGUGGUGGCCCUCAACAGCGACAUCGUCACGGCCCCGGCCUUCGCGCUGCUGCUGGAGUUCAUGUACGAGGGGCGGCUGGCGCUGGCGGCCCCGCUCGAGGACGUGCUGGCCGCCGCCAGUUACCUGCACAUGAACGACGUGGUCAAGCUGUGCAAGAAGAAGCUGCAGGCGCGGGGCCCGGCCGAGGCCGACAGCACCAAACGCGAGGAGGACGCCCCCAGCCCGCCCCCGCCGCAGCCCCCGCCGCAAACCCCGCAGCCCCCGCCGGCCGAGGCGGCCGCACCGCCGGAGCCGCCGCUGGUGGACGCGGCCGACACCACCCAGCCCGGGGUUGGGGGCGAGCGACCCCCGCCCAGCCCCAGCAGCUCCAGCGAGGCCGCGCCGGGCCCCGGAGCCGCCCCUCCGCCGGUUCCCUGGGCCGCGCCCUCCGCCCCGGCCGGUGCCAUCAAGACCGAGGCCAUCGUGAUCUCGGACGAGGAGCCCGACGCGGCGGCGUUUGGGGAGGGGGCGGCGCUGGCCCCGGCGCUGGGGGGGCUGCGGGAGCCGCUGUUCCUGGCGCCGCUGGAGCCCCGCGGGGGAUUCGGGCUGUUCGCCGAGGAGGCCCCGACGUGUCCCACGUGCGGGAAGACGUUCUCGUGCUCGUACACGCUGCGGCGCCACGCCACCGUGCACACCCGCGAGCGGCCCUACGAGUGCCGCCACUGCCUGCGCUCCUACACGCAGUCCGGGGACCUGUACCGGCACGUCCGCAAGGCCCACAGCCACGGCGGGCCCGCCCGCGGCCCCCGCGACCCCGCCCGCGACGGCGACAACCCGCCCUGA